AUGAGCUCCAUGAAGCCGAGGAAGAAGCACGUGGCUCGACUCGGCCCCAGCUUCCUCCAUCCUGACUGGACCAAGUCGGACAUUUCUCUUCUGAUCGAAAUCUGGAGCGACCUGGAAACCGGUGUCGCUGCCUGCCGCAUUGACCCGCAGGAUUUAGCCGGAGGUAUGGACAAGCGCAUCGCUGCGUUGCUGCCGAAGCAGAGUAAAACUCCUCGCUCAGCGACGUCUAUCUCGUGUCAGCGCCAACAUUUGUACAAGGCCGUUCGAUUCAUUAGCCGCUUUGAUGAGUUGCAACAAGAAUCGGGCAAACGCUCGUGGUUCGACCUGUCGAAGGAGGAGCAAGAUCGAGUGGAGGUCCCUACUCGGGAACGGAAAGCCUGCGAGAAUCUCACGCGGGAGUCGUUCAUCAAGCUCCUCAAGCUGAAAUCGGUCAAGAAAUGGGCAAACGCGAACAAUAUCGCGCUAUCGAAGCCCAAAGUUGUCACUACAGCUGUGGCGGUGAAUCAAAAGACCCUCAGCUUGUCGAGUUGCCACUCUUGCUGGUCUGCCUCGGAAUUGAGGGAUCUCGUACGGUCUUGGAGCCUCGUUAUGAAGAAAUCGAGGACUCCUGUAAGAGACUUCGUCACGCAAGAGUACGACCAGUCUAGCGCAACGCUGUACACGUCGUGGCAUCAUUCGACCACCAGCGCGUGGCGCAAAAUGAAGCGACUUGCAGCUUCGUAUUUGUUCAUUCGGAAUUUUGACGUGCGGAAUGCGCCGGCGCAGUGGUUCCAGCUCUCGGAUGGAACGCAAAACUCGUGGAUGGAUUGGAACGCACUUCCACCAGACUUUGAAGAUAUCCCUCGAGAGAUUUUUGACGAAAUUCAAGCCGUAGAUGCUGAUUUUGACGGUGUUUCAUCGGCCAGUGUGAAGGAUCAAACGUCUUACACUAAGCCACGAAAUGCCGUGAUGAAGUGGAAGGUAUCCUCUCCACUAUCCGACAACUAUUCGAGUUCAGCAGAAAGCUCUGAAGAAAGCAAGAAAGGCCGGUGUUUAUCUCCACCAAGGCCCAAACUGCGUACCAAGUCGCCACAUCUUCCCUACCGAAGCCCAACCAAAGCUGAAGAUAUUCCCAAGCGAACGGGCUACCACCAGGAGUGCAACACCCUGUACGAAGAAGUUGAGCAACUCCAGAACAAGCAGUUCAAGCAGAAUAUUACCCGGUUGCGGACGGAUAUCGAGCGCGACAUCCGCCUCAGCGCUGACACGAUUCGCGCUGUAUUCUUUGAGCGACUUGGCGAGCCGGGCCAAAGCGGAGACGCCACUUUCGUCGCGAAUAUACUCGAGGGGCAGCAGCGUCGAAUUCACGAGCGUCUCGUCCAGUUCCAGAGGGAGCAGUGCGGAGGGGUAUCUGAGUACGUGUUUAAUAAGCCGCUGAAGCGUUGA